AUGAGUACUGCCAGAUUCAAAAAAACAGAAGUUAGAAUAUAAGAGAUGUAAACUGAAAUAGAUGUUCUCAUGACUUAACUCUAAUCUAAUUCAAAGAAUAUAUCCUCAUCUUAAUCAGAACAUUUGUAGAUGCUGAUCGAGGAUAUUCAUUCUACUAAUUUUCAAACUUAAGAACUUUCCAAAGAAUCAGAGUAAUUAACUGAUGCUUUAUAUUCUCAAUCAGAUCAUGAUGUAACAUUGGCAUAAGCAUAAAUGAAAAAAAUAUAAGGUUCUUUGAAUCAAUCAUUAUCUAGCACAAAAUAAGUAAAUUUAUUUUUUAAUAUUUAGAAUCUCUAAAAUGUAGAGAGAGAAAUAGAAUAGAUAGAAAAGGGCUUGUACACUAUUUAAGAAUAAAAUAAAGUCUAUACAGAAAGUCUAUGUAAAUUUAAAGAAAACCUGAAAAUGUGUGAUUCUUAGGUUGUUAAAGUGCUUGAUUAAAAUUCAUACAAUAAUUGGAACAAAAUAAAGUAAUAUUUCGAUAUUGAUAUAAUUUAAACUUCUGUUCCAUUAGGUCUUAUAAUGAAACUAUAAUUAUACAUUCUUAAAUUAACAGAAGUUUGUAAUUCUAAUUAAAUUAAAGGCAAAUAAUAGAUUAAUGAAGAAGUAGCAAAUCUUUUAAUUGAAAUUAAUUCAUAACAUUUACUAUUCUAAAACAUAAACUUACUCGAAUAGUAUAUAACAGUAGUUUUAAAAUCUAAUAAUAAGGUUAAUUUAUUUAUAUUCAUUUAAAAAUGCUUAAAUUCUAUGCAUUUUAAUUUUUGUUAAGUAGCAUAAAUUUUUAAUUAACACAAUAUAUCUUAUAAGAUAUAAUAAUCCAUUUCAUAAGAAAUAAGCAGUAAAAAUCAUUCUAUAAAAUAAUUGUAAAUGAAGAAAUCAUAAUUGAUUAUAGAAAUGGAGAAAUACAAAAAAUAAAAUAAAGAUUUAAUUACUUAACUUACUCUUUUAGAGAAACAGUUAGAAAAAUAAAUAGAAGCUGAAACUCAACAUCUUUUAGCUAUGUACAUGAGAGAUAAAGAAUAGAGUAUAAAUGAAAUUAAAAAGAAAUAUGGUAAAAAGUAUUUUGAUGGUAUGCUCUAAGAUGUAAAGCAAGAGUUUAAGAAAAUUUGUCUUACUUAAUAAGUAUAAUACGCAAAUAGUAUUGAAUAAGCUUUCUUAAGAGUAGAUGUUAUUAAUAUAUAGUUAAUGAAUAAUAAAACAAAAGCAUAAUAAUUAAUUUAAUAAUACUCAUAAUAAAAAUUUAAAAAAGCUAGCAGUUUAAUUAUUUAAUUAAAUGGAAUUGAUAAAAGAGAAUAUUUGUUAGAAUUACAAUAAUGCAAGAUAUCACUUUUGCAAAUAGAAAAUAAAGUAGAGAGAAAAAUAAUUGUCUAAGAUUUAGAUGAAUUAAUAUUACAAAUUUAAUAUUAAAUAAAUGAUAUCAAAUUAAGAAUCUAAGCUAGCAAUGUUCCUUAAAAAAAUAGAAGUGAUUCUAUUGACACAUAGAGGAAGACUAAUAGAAUUAUUGAACAUCAUAGAUCAUAAUCAUAAACUCCUAUUCAAUCUCCAUAAGAAAAUGCUUCUUAAAUUAAAUUAUAACUUUUAAAUAUAAAUUUACCAAUUAAAAAUCCAUUAGACAUGUUUGAUUCCAGUGAUGAUCCAAUUACAUCAAAUAAUAGUCAUAUUUAAUUAAGCUUUUGUGAAAAUUAGAGUAACAAAAGUAAAGAUUAAGAAAAGUUGAGUAAAACAAUUUUAGUCUAAUAUAAUUUAAGUAAUAUAAAUACUCAAUAAUCAAAUAAUACUGAUAGUCUUACUAAUUCCAGAAAUGAUGAAAAUUAAAAUAAUUUAAACAAUUAGUAAAAUUUACAUCAAUCAAAUCCAUAAAAGAAACCAUUAUUAAAGGAAGUCAAAAAUAUUAUGAAUAAUUCAGAAUAAAUUUAAAAUAGUUUGAAAUCUAGUAGAACAAAAAAAGAUAUUUAAUAAAAAUAGAAUUUUACCAGUCAUAAAAAUAAGUUGAAUAUUUUAAUUUAUUUAAAAACAUAAGAAUCAGAUCUUGCCUAUGAUCCUAUUUUAAAUUAUGAACAUGAUCCAUUUAUAUUUGGAUAUAGGCUAUUUAAGAUAGAUGAUUAAUUAAAUGUAAAAUAAUUGAACAUAUAAAUAGGUAUAUAAAUCUUAAGAGGAAAGAAUCAAUUUACAAAACUUUGAUAAUUUAGAUGAUCUUUUAAAUCAAUUCAAUAUAAAACAAACUUAAUUAGAGAAUAUAAAAGAAAUUGAAAUUGUAAAUAUAAUUAUAUAUCAUUUUAGAAUAAUUGUAGUAUGACAGCAUUAAAAUUUUAAAAUAUAUAUGAAUCUACACUUAGACAUGCUUGUGUAGACAGUUUAGCUCUAAGACAUUUGAGAGUUCGCUUUUUUCCUUUUAUUUUUGUUGGAAAUUAGCAAUCCCAUGUUGGGUUGGCUGUCAAGAAAGAUGAUAUAUUGUCCUUAUAGAAGCUAUUCUCAAAAUGA